GGCAAUGAAGCAUUGAGCUUAAGCUGGUUUUAAAGAGAAGCGAUUUGGGUGAAGUGCCGUAGCAGAUGAUGAGAAUGAGGGUGUUUUGUGGGGAAUUGGGUUUGGUGAACAUUCCUAGUCCUUAUUUAUCCCAUCGCCGCAAUAACUAUCUAAACUGUGCUACUCAUAAGAAUAGUCUUGUUGCCUCUGCUUCUUCAGCUCCAUCAGUUAGCGGUUCAGGUGCUGAAUAUUCUGAGCAGUUGUUGGAUGUGGGAGCAAAGAAGAAAAAGAAGAUGAUAGCUGGCAUAGACCAGGAUGAGUUGGUGGAUCCAAAGCUUUUAGCUGAUCUAGACAGCUGUUUUUGUGAGUACAAAGGAGUUCAUAUACACCACAAGAUAUAUGAUGCUGAAUCCCAGGCACAAAGCAUGUUCCAGAGUGAAACUGUUUCUCACCAAAUCAAGAAGCUAGGGUUUCCUGUGAUUCUGUUACAUGGAUUUGGAGCCUCGGUUUUCUCAUGGAAACAAGUUAUGAAGCCUUUGGCAGAGGUGACUGGUUCAAAAGUUCUUGCUUUUGAUAGGCCAGCCUUUGGUUUGACAUCAAGGAUGAAUUUAUCUAGGCAUCUUUCUUCAGGAACAAGAGACACAAAACCUCUAAAUGUAUACUCAAUGGCAUUUGCAGUGCUUGCUACCUUGCACUUCAUGGAUUUGUUAAAUGCUGAGAAGGCAAUUUUAGUGGGGCACUCAGCUGGUUCACUUGUAGCAGUUAAUACAUAUUUUGAAGCUCCCAAUCGUGUUGCUGCUCUGAUCCUCAUUGCUCCAGCAAUUUUUGCCCCACUUACUGGACCCAGAGUUGUUAAAGAAAAUCAAUCAAGACAAGAUAACCAAAUGAAAGAAGACAACAGUUCUAUCGGAAAAAAUCCAAUUUUUGGGCUUUACAAGAUGUUGUCCAAGAUUACCAAGUACAUUGCAGAGGCAAUAACACAGAUGAUGAAGCAGAUGACGAAUAUGCUCAACUCUUUGUAUAGGAAAUUCUUAUCAGCUAUCCUGCGUUCUUCCCUUGCUAUAAUGCUGGUAAGAAUGGCAAUUGAUAAGUUUGGUACUGCUGCAGUUCGAAAUGCAUGGUAUGACCCAAAGCAGGUCUCUGAGCAUGUCCUUGGUGGUUAUACAAAGCCAUUGAGGACUAAGGAUUGGGAUAGGGCACUAGUGGAAUACACUGCUGCAAUGUUUCUAGAUGAGGAAUCUCAAACAAAGCCAUCACUUUCCGAAAGACUUCAUGAAAUAUCGUGUCCUGUUUUGAUUGUAACUGGUGAUAGUGACCGAUUAGUCCCUUCAUGGAAUGCUGAGAGACUUUCACGAGUCAUACCAGGAGCAUCGCUUGAAGUCAUUAAGCAAUGUGGUCAUCUGCCCCAUGAAGAAAAAGUGGAGGAGUUUAUUUCAAUUGUUGAAAACUUCCUAAGGAGAUUAGUAGGAGAUUCCAACGAACAAUAUCUAAUAUCCGCAAUGUGAAAUUUCUACAAUUCAAGCUUCCCAUUUUACUUCAUAGAAGAUCCAUAUAAUAUUAGGCAGACACUAAUGCAAUUUUAUCAGAUGGAUGUAGAUUCAUUAAAGGUGUAUUGAUGCAUACCCUGUCUAGCAGGUAAUGAAAAAUUUGGAAGUAAAAAAAUGAUGAUAAGCAAUUACAAAUAAUUUUAUAUUAUAGUUUAUUGCUGCUAGCCUGCUACAGUGCUUGAAGAAAUCCUCUGCAUGUUUACCUGCCUGAAUAAUCUGUAACUCGAUUUAUACCAUUGACCAUUGGGCCUAGCAUGGAUGUCUCGGAUGUAACAACACUUACUGUUUAA